AACAUAGGCAAAUUCGACGGCCGGUGAAGCGGUGAACCAUAACUACUAUAAAAUUGCUUUGGAAAAAAAUGAGGUGUCUGGGGUUCAAACACUGACCCAUGCAUAUUACAAUACAUUGUCACUACCAACUGAGCUAUGCUUACGGGGAUACCAACACAUGUGAUUUGAUUAUAUUGAAUUAUGUCAUUUUCACAGUUUUAUCGGUAUCAAUGUGUCGGUAUGCAUUUUGAAUCUAAUGUCCGUGCUUCGCAGAAAAUAAGUCAAUCCAAACAGGUCUUUGUUUCAAGUGUUCUGUUGACCUUAUUCCUGUAAAUUAAGGAUUGCAUCUUUGCAGCACAUGUUGGUGAAAAGCCAAAAUAAAGUGGAUGGACACAAGUCCCUCGCGGAUACAUUGGCGAGAUGGAAAGAAUAUAAUGCACGGCUUGAAUCGAGUGGUGAAGCUCCGAAGCCAGUUAGGAAAGUUCCUGCCAAGGGAUCGAAAAAAGGGUGUAUGAAGGGUAAAGGAGGUCCCGAGAACUCGCGGUGUAAUUACAGAGGUGUUAGGCAAAGGACUUGGGGAAAAUGGGUUGCUGAAAUUCGCGAGCCAAAUAGAGGGAAUAGGCUCUGGUUAGGUACAUUUUCAAAUGCCGUUGGUGCUGCUCUUGCCUACGAUGAAGCAGCGAGGGCAAUGUACGGUUCUUGUGCACGCCUGAAUUUUCCUAAUGUGGAAGUGUCCAAUUUCUCUCAGGUGGAAUCUUUGAAAGAUUCUCCAGCUGCAGAUCAAUCUGGUUUCGUAAAGACAACAGCAGAGAAUACCGAGUCUGUGGUAUCGCUGGAUAACACUCGGGUAGAUGCAGCUGAAGACAUUGACAUGAAAGAUCUUUCCUUGUCCUUAAGUGUGACUGUGAAUCAUUUGGAAAGGGAAGGUGAAUCACUAUCUGUGAGUAGUUGAUCUCAUGCUUAGUUGUCUUGAUGUAAGUUUUGCAUAGUCUGAUUUUGCCAUGGCUAGAACUUUUAGUCUUCAUAUCUGUUAGUGUAAUGCUUAAUGUGAUGGAAUCUUGAUAGUUGUACCGGAAGAAUAGAUUUUGCAGAAUUAACUUUAUUGAGAAGUGUUCAAUACCCUCUGAUAUUGGACUACUGCAAGCUGGAUUAUCCAGUCAAGUUAUAAGAUGUGAAAUUAACUUCAUUGAGCAGUGUAAAUUUCUGGUAUUAGACUGUUGAAAGAUCUGCUAUAGGUUAUUGAUUUUCUGGUUA